CAAAAUACUUGUUUUUUUCUUUACUUUAGUGCCCAUUGGUCUUGCUGAGUGUAGAUUUGUGUAACAUAGCAAGGAUUUUAAGAACUUGAACAUAGAGAACAAAGAUAUUGAAUUGCCAUAUUACAUAAUGGAGAAUGUGCAAAAUAAAACUGCAAUAGUCACUGGUGGCGGAUCCGGCAUUGGCUAUUGCAUCAUCGAAGAGUUAUUGCGUAAUGGCGCAAAGCGAGUCGCUGUCAUCGAUUUGCCAAUUCCAAGAACUCACGAAGCACUAAACAAGUUGCAAGCCGAAUUUGGGAAACAACGCGUUAUUCUCUUCGAGUGUGACAUAACGAAACCUGAAUACGAAGAAACUUUUAAGAAGGCUGUGAACGCUCUCGGUGGACUCGACAUACUGGUGAAUAAUGCUGGAAUUGGGGACGAAACUAAUGUUGAAAGAAUGUUUGCUGUUAACAACGUAGCUUUGAUUCGCGGAUCGCUGUAUGGUUUGAAUUACAUGAGCAAACACAAGGGUGGCAAGGGCGGUACCAUAGUAAAUAUUGCAUCGGUAGCUGGCUUGCGCCAGUUUUCUUUUAUACCAGUGUACGCCGCUACUAAACAUGCGGUCGUCGGAUUUUCUCAAGCUCUCAAGGAUUACUAUGACAAAACUGAGGUUCGUGUUUUAACAAUGUGCCCUGAUAUGACAAAAACGUCGAUAGCAGAAACCGUGACGUUUCUCGAGUUUGUUGACAUGGGAAAUAUGUGGCAAGAUGCUUUUAUGGUCGGUCAAAGCCCUACGAAUGUGGCAUGUGCCGUUGUCGAGCUCAUUCAGAAGGGCAAGAACGGAGCGAUAUGGAGUGUUAAGGUAGGUGAACGGCCUCAUGCACAUGAAUUUCAGCCAGUUACUAGUGUUCCUGUGUAAAAUGCAGCAUGGUCUGGUGAUUCAAAAACAAAUUCUGGAUGCAAAACUAAACAACGGAAAAACUUGGAAACGUAACGAUUAAAAUAACACUGUGCUUGAUAUAAAAUUAUUAUAAAACAAUGGCAUAUGAGACUAGUGAUUGCAAGCUUGUUGAUUGCAAUUGAUCGAUUGUAAUUGUUUGUAAUAUGAAACACAGGAAAGAAAAAAAGUCUCCAUUAUAAUAGUCGUAACACACAAUGCAAAGCGCGAAAAUGGGAAUAAUGGUAUACACUAAAAUAAAACACAUUAGUAUACGUACAAAAUAA